GGAAAAACAGGCAUUUUACACGAACCACAAGAGCGCUACCGCCAGCGAGCGGGCUGGAAUCAGUGUCUGUCGGCGGCGUCGGUCUGGCAAAUGGAAUCCAAGUCAAAUUUCGGUUCUUGACGAAACCCCAUAGGAAGCUUCCCCCGUCCGCGAUUCAGUUUUUUCGAAAUCCGUCGCUCUCAUUCUCUGUUAUUUCUUCUUUUCGACGCCGGCCACGGAAUUCUAGCUCGAGGGCUCGACAGAUGGCGGUGAUUUGAGCCGCCGAUCUAGUGUGUUAUAACAAUACCCUCAUCUUCCUCAGUUGGAUUACAUGGUCGAUUCCCGCCAAGAUCAGGAGCAGCAGGAGCCGCUUUUGCUUCCAUCUCCCGGAUUGUUGAUCAUGCCAGGUGAAACAAUGGAAGAAGAAGAAGAAUCAUCACCAGCAAAACCAGCCACUACAUGGAGGGACAGAAUUUCAGAAUUCAAGGCCGAGUUCUGGCUAGCAUACAACGCCAAGGCAGUAUCGCACUGGAUCCUUCUGUUUCUAAGCAGCCUCGCCAUGCUCGUGGCCUUCCCAGCUUCGAGCCUCUUAUCCCGUGUCUACUACUCCAAUGGCGGCACAAGCAAGUGGGUCAUCUCAUGGGUAGCAGUUGCCGGGUGGCCCUUGUCUGCCUUAAUCCUCCUCCCAACGUAUGUCAUCUGUAAAAGAUCGCCUACUCCCCUCACGUUCAAGCUCGUUGCAUCAUACAUUGUUCUCGGGUUCCUGAGUGGAGCAGACAAUCUCAUGUAUGCAUACGCCUACGCUUACCUCCCGGCUUCCACCUCUUCCCUCUUGGCUUCAUCGUCGCUCAUCUUCUCCACAUUGUGUGGCUACUUUAUAGUUAACAACAAGCUGAAUGCCUCCAUGAUCAACUCCAUUGUCGUGAUCACUGCUGCCAUGGCGAUCAUUGCCCUGGACUCGGACUCCGACAGGUAUGGGAAUGUAAGCGACAAGCAGUACAUCAUGGGGUUCAUAUGGGACAUCCUGGCAUCGGCUCUCCAUGGCCUGAUCUUUGCCCUCUCGGAGCUAGUCUUUGUCAAGCUCCUGGGACGGAGAUCCUUCCACGUUGUCUUGGAGCAGCAGGUGAUGGUGUCCUUCUUCGGCUUCUUGUUCACCUCAAUUGGAGUCAUUGCGAAUCAUGAUUUCGGAAAAAUGAGCUCCGAGGCUGUGAAGUUCAAGGGAGGCGAAAGUGCGUACAUUCUGGUACUGGUGUUUGGUGUGAUUACGUUCCAGGCCGGGAUCUUGGGUGGAACUGCUGUGCUGUUCUUGUCGAACACUGUGCUGGCUGGGGUGCUUAAUGCGAUUCGGGUGCCUCUCACCAGCAUUGCUGCAGUGAUCCUGCUGCACGAUCCAAUGAGCGGGUUCAAGAUUCUGUCUCUAGUGAUUACUUUCUGGGGAUUCUGUUCUUACAUCUAUGGAAGUCUGUCUUUCUCACCCAAGAAAGAAGCCAUUCCAUAGUGAUCCCUUUAGUCUAAACCAUUAAUCAUUAUUGUUGCAUCUUUUAGUUUAUAUCAGCCCAUUGUAUCGUACAAAGGUAUUUGAACAUAUAGCCAUUGAACAACAGCAAUAUUUGGUUGGAAUGAAGCAGAAUACGCAGCUAUUAUGUAGUUUAACGUCA